GACAACAAUUUCCUUACGGACGAAGGACCCAGUUCUUCCAGAACUCUCCAUCCGAUGGAGUAGGCAUGUGCUGCGUCUACUCCCCCGCCACCGUCUCCACGACCUCGUCGCAGCGAGGUCAGAUCGUGUCGUCGGAUCGGCCGCCCUCCUACGCCGCCGACGCCCCGCUGCGCUCCGAUGAGGGGUUCGACGGCAGGGCGGCCAAUCCCUCUCGCGCGAGGCGCGGGCGCGGGCGCGGCGGCGGAGAUGGCGAGCCCCCGCCGCGUUCCCCGACCCCGAUCGUGAACACCGACGGGAAAUUCGAUGGCAGGGCGGCCAAACGCCGUCGCGCGGAGUCCGGCGGCGGUGUCGGCAUCGGCGACGCGGCGGCCCAGGACCGCAUCGGCGAACUCCCGGACGCGAUCCUGCUGUGCAUCCUCUCCUAUCUCCCGCUCCGCGACGCCGCCCGUUCGACAGCGCUCUCUUUGCGGUGGCGCCGCCUGUUCGACCAGUAUCUCCUCGACUUCAACGCGUGCCAGCCGUUCCCGCCGGAGGCGGGCCGCGGCUGCGAGUGGUUCAUCCGCGCCGUGGACUCCAUCCUCGCCUCGCGCCGCCACAUCCGCAUCCGCAGCUUCCGCUUCGUGAUGUAUGGGCAGGGAUUCAUCAACCGCAUGGGCGUCGUCAGCGGCUGGUUCCCCGUCCUCGCGACCUGCGGUGUCCGAGAAGUCGACGUGGACAUGUUGUACACAGUCUGGAGGCCGACCCUCCCAGCGUCGCUCCUUCAGCUCGCCUCCCUCGAAACCCUGAGACUAUGCUUCUGCGACCUUCCCAAGGAAGCGGAGGUGGACGCGCUGCGGCUCCCCGCCCUCAAGACGCUUCGCCUGUCCAAUGUCCGAACGUCCCAGGACGCCCUGCAGGGGAUGCUUGCUCAUUGCCCAUCCCUGGAGUGCGCAAAGCUCAAGAACAUCACCGGGGUCAAGCAAAUCCGCCUCCGGUCCAAGAGCCUGAUACGGUUGUACGGCGACUUGGGCUACUUGAGUGAGCUCGUUGUCGAGGACGCCCCGAGCCUUGAAGAACUGGUAGGCAUCCAUUUGCCGAGUGGCAGAGCGACGGUGAAAAUUAUUUCCGCCCCCAAGCUGCAGGUGCUUGGGUACUUGGGGAAGAACGUCGGGCCUCUCGUGCUGCGUGAUACCGUUUUCCAUGGAGGUAUCUUGCAGUCCACUACCCUGAUGUGCAGCGUGAAGACCUUGGCCAUCCAAGUGCCCUUCUCAGAGAAGGGACAUACCAUCUUCGUUGCUCAGUUGCUCAAAUGCUUCCCAUGCCUUGAGGAGCUCCAUGUCGAGGCAGAUAGUCGAUCAAUUUCGCAGCGGGUUACUCCUGAAUCAUGGGACACGACAACUUCUAUCCGGUGCAUCGAGCAUUCGCUCAACAAAUUGGUGUUCGAGGAUUUUGGAGGAGAAAUGUGCCAGUGGGGCUUUCUGACUUUUAUGCUUGAGAUGGCUAAAACUCUUAAGGUCGUCGAGCUCUACUGUUUGAAAGGCGAAGACUGUGCCAGUAGACUAAUAAAUAUUCUAAGCAGCAUAAAUAGAGUCUGCCAGGACAUGGAGUUCCUGUUCUUCACAAGUUGUGAGCCAGUCAAUGGUCUCUACUUGUGCCAUUGCUGUCCCCGGCGGUGCCAGAAUGAAAACAGAGUUUCGCUGAUGGAUACUCUGAAGCACCAGAAAAAAUAGAAGGUGAUUGCAAUCUGAAAAUCCCUAUUGUCGUCAGAUGCUUCUAAGUUGUCAUCUUGUGUCAGAAUCCGAGAAUUGUUCAUUUUAGUUUACUGGAAUAGAAAAAGAAUCUGCAGGCUGGAUUGGCUGUACCGUAGCAGGCUGGUUGGCUGGAAUUAUUUUUCCUAGAACACAAUUAGCUGGACUUCUUGUUGGAUGUGUAUCGCUCGUACUGUUUAUAAUAUAAUCAUAACAUAAUGGUGUAGCAUUUUGAUAUCUUUGCACCGUAGUUCAAGUUCA